AUGUCCACACCCGCCUCGAAGAAGCGUCGUCUAGAUACAGCGAACGCAACCCUUCGUCGGCCAUUUACCUCCCCUAUUAUCAAGCGCCCCAAAGCCACAGAAGACCCUGCUAUUAGCAAAGCACCUCAUCCAUUGAGUUCAAAGGCCCAGAACUCACGUCAGAUCAUCGAAGCUCUCGAUGAGAAAAUCCACGAUUCUCUAGACGACUCACCUAUCGCGUCACCACAGAAAGCGCACAAAACCCAUAAUUCCCCUAAGCUGAAGUCUCCUGUCCUGAGUCACACAGAGAAUCCCCUCCUAUCCCUUGUCGCACAGCACAAGAAAGAACAGAUUCAGCGUCUCAAGCAGCUGGAUCAGGAGCUUGAGAUGGUGCGCCAGGCACAGCGCAUCGUGAGCCAGUCCAAGAGCAAGCGCCCUGGUGAGCCAGUCGACCAAGAACUCAGGGAUCUCAUUGGGAAGUGGCAGUCUGGAAGCAGACAGGCCGCAGAGGAGCUCUUUGUGAUCGUCAAGGAGAGGGUCUCCAAUGCUGGCGGUAUAAAGGCAUGGAAGGAGAUGCAGCAGAAGCAGAAGCAGUUCUACCAGGGAUUUGACGAGGCCCCCAUGCCUCGUCCACAAAUGGGCAGUCGUGAUGAAAAUGCCGAGAUUCCUGGCAGCGACGAUGAACCAGAUGACAACAGCCUUGCAUCCUCAGAGAUGCACCCAAGCACUCAGGAGAGUCUGGAGGAGGCUGAUGAGAUCAACUACGAUAAGCUGGCCGAUAUCGCCGGCUUCAAGAACGCAGAGUCCGUUUCUGCCUGUUGA